AUCUCUGUUCACUGUUCACACUGACACCGACCGAGUCUGAUCGGUGCUUCUGUAGCUUGGGUUUGUAAAUCAUAUAUACCGCAUUGGAUCUAAGAGAGUGACAUAUUGCCUCGAACCCAUACAUAUUUGUGGUUAAGUAUACAUGGUUACUUUUAAAAGAAGAAAAGGAAGACAUUCUGCGCUUUUCUUUUGGCAAAGCGAUUUUUAAAGAACGUAACGCGCAUGAAUCGGGUUAAAACAGCGCUUGGAUGAAAAAAGUACAGCUCGAUUGAAAGGAAAAGGACGAAGAGCUGGAAACAUCUUGAAAAGUAAAGAUAAAUAAACUUUUCGCGUAUACAACUCAGAUUGUAGCAGAAAAGGGAACGGUUUCUCACUGCAGACAGCAGGCAAUGGACGGGUUUGUGCGGAAGUGAAACGCAGCUUGGCUCUCCUUCUGUGCUGGGUAGGUUUUUUUUUUGUCUGGCUGUUGAAUUGAAGUAAAGGGGAAAUCGUGUCCAGGAUAGCAAAUAACACGAAUAAUUGCAAGAAUACGAGGUUUUAAAAAUACAGCGAAAGAAACGGAGACGCAUUUCUUGUUUGGGAUUCUACGUUUGUGGUAGAUCUGGCUACCUUGCGCUUUUCUUUUGGGAUCUGAGGGCUGAAGGGGGGUUGUUCAGUGUAUGCACCCUCCCCAUUUGGAUAUAAACACUGCCGAUUAAUUCAACAACAAAAACGAAGACGUAAAGGUAACUUAUUUUGAAACGACAGAGAGAGGCCUUUAAAAACAACAAUACGUUGUUUAUUUGGGAAUUCUAGUUUCUCAGAUAAUUUAGAUAAAGUUUAUUUUCACCAUUUUUCUUGCUCUUGCAUCUACUCCAAGACUCUCAACUGCUUUUUAAAAACUCUCCCCAAAGGAAAUGCCAAUCGCUACAACUUCCCAGCCCAAACAGGAACCCUGUCUUUACUCCCGGCAGCGCACCAUUUCCGACGCACUCCCCAAGCAGGGGCAUGUUUGUGAAGACAGGGGGGUGGUUUCACCCGACCAGGCCCAGAUCGGGGGUGGUGGAGCGGAGGGGGGCAGGGGGUCGGGGGGCAGUGGCAGCAGCAGGCUGCUGGCGGCUUCCUCUUCCUCUCCUAUUUCCCAAUCUCCUCCUAUCUCCUCCCCCUUAACCUCGUCAUAUCAUCACCACCCCCCUCUCAUGGAGCCCCCUAGGACUCGGUCCCGUUCCAGGUCUGGAUUUCUCAACCAAAACAUGACCAGUAGUAGUUAUCAUAAUAAUAUAACUAACAGUGGCGGCCACUUCAACCAGCACAACCCCGGCUGCGAUACAACUGUUGUCCACCCCACCGAGAAUCAACGAACGACGGGGAGCAACCCGACCUUCAGUAGCCUGAGAGCUGCACCCCCAGGAACCACCAGAGCACCUUCAGCAGGAGUUGUUGGGGCUGCUUUUCAUUGUCAGUCUGUACAUCAGGAGCACAUCUGCAAUGAAGACAGCGACAAGAGUGAAGACAGCCCGAGCCCCAAGCGCCAGCGGCUUUCUCAUUCAGUCUUCGAUUUCUCCUCUGCCUCUCCUGCCCCAUCUCCACCAAUGAGACCAUGGGAGAUGCCAUCAAAUCGUCGGCCCCCUUCAGCUAGACCCAACCAACACCAUUUCUCAGGGGAAAGAUGCAACACACCAGCUCGGAACAGGAGGAGCCCUCCCGUUAGGCGUCAGCGGGGGAGGAGGGAUCGGAUGCCACGACACAACUCAAUCAGCCAGGACGAGAACUACCACCACCUCACGUAUGGACAGCAGCCGAGUAUGGAGGAGCCUCGCGCCUUCCACCCCCCCAACGUCUCCCCGCGCCUGCUGCACCCUGCUGCACACCCCCCGCAGCCGAACACAGUCAUGGUGGACAUCCACGAGCAGAUUCAUCAGGGCACAGUUCCAGUCUCUUAUACGGUCACCACAGUAGCCCCACAUGGGAUUCCACUUUGCACAGGCCAGCACAUCCCAGCAUGCAAUACACAGCAGGUGCCAGGAUGUUCGGUGGUAUUCAGUGGACAGCACUACCCUGUGUGCAGUGUGCCUCCUCCAAUGCUACAGGCAUGCUCAGUCCAGCACUUGCCAGUCCCUUAUGCAUUCCCUCCCAUCCUCUCAAGCGAUCCCUUUCUAAUACACCCGCCCCACCUCUCUCAUCACCCUCCGCACUUGCCUCCUCCGGGUCAGUUUGUACCUUUCCAGGCUCAGCAGUCACGAUCGCCAUUGCAGAGGAUAGAGAACGAAGUAGAGCUGCUGGGAGAUCACCUUUCUGUGGGCGGGGGUUUCCCCUACCCCCCUUCAGUGCACCCCACCGCCCUGCCUCCCUCCGCACCCCUUCAAUUCCUCUCACAUGAUCCCCUCCACCAGGAGCUCUUCGGAGUACCUUAUCCACACUUCAUGCCUAGAAGAAUCACAGGUCGCAGAUAUCGAUCCCAGCAGGCAUUGCCCCCUCCACCCUAUCACUCCAGCUUCCUGCCAUACUUCCUCUCAAUGCUUCCAGUGCAGCCCAGUGUGGGACCAGCCUUUAGUUUAGAACUUGACGUGGAUGAUGGCGAGGUAGAAAACUAUGAGGCACUGCUAAACCUGGCAGAGCGACUAGGAGAAGCCAAACCCAGAGGCCUGACAAAGGCAGACAUCGAGCAGCUUCCAUCCUACAGGUUCAACCCCAACAACCACCAGUCUGAACAGACCUUGUGUGUAGUUUGUAUGUGUGAUUUUGAGUCCAGGCAGCUACUUCGAGUUUUACCCUGUAACCAUGAAUUCCACGCCAAGUGUGUUGACAAAUGGCUAAAGGCAAAUCGUACCUGUCCAAUCUGCAGAGCUGAUGCUUCAGAAGUGCAUCGUGAUUCUGAAUGACCAGUAAAAUAGCACAAUUCUUGUCUGGGUGUUCCUGUUCACAUGUAUAUACAGACUUCUCAUUGAACUUACUCCUCAUGUCCCUCUCAUUUAUCUUUUUAUUUUGGCUUCCAGCCUUCCCUUUACACAAAAAGGUGUAAUUGGACCUUUCUUUGCACUGUGUGAUUUAAUCAAAAUGUUAAGCUUCUAUAUUAUAGUCUUCAAUUAUGAAUUAUGGGAUUGUUUAUACUAACUGUGUGAUUGGAACUCCAAAGAUAAUUUCUAUAUUAUUAUUAUUGUUAUUAAUAUUGUCAUUAUUAUUAGCUUGAUUUUUAUGUGUGUGCACUAACAUUCCCUGGUUUUCGUGUGAGCAUUCCGAGUUUUGAGUGUUGCUCUAAAGAUUACAGUGGAUGUGAUCUUUAAGCAUGUGCUUUUAUAUAUGAAAAUGUAUAUUAAAAAGAAAAAAGUGGUAGCUGAAAUCAAUAUAGCAAUCUACCUUAUAUAGAGCCUUCAGAUACUGUGAGCUGGAGCGACCGCAGUGUGGAUGAGCGUGUGUUUGUAGCCACAUGUACUUGUGUGAAUAUGUGCGUAAGCGAGUGCAAUUGGUAACCCUUAUAUGCCAGCAUGUAAUGAGACAGGUGUGGGUUUGUGUACAUGUGUGUGAUAGUAAUUAUGCUGCCAUAUGUAAUCUUGUGUGUUAUUUAUACAGUACAAGUACUGUACACUGGUUUCUUCCUUUUUAUUAUAGAUUUUUUUCAUGCUAGCUGCGCAAUGAAUCCUCAGGGUGCAGCAAGUUUUGAAUUGUAUAUAGUUUGACUUUUCUGGCCUCUUCUGAGAACACAUGUCAUUGUUACACAAACCGUGCGCUUCCCCAUUUCCCUUUUUUUUAAUUUUUUUUUUUACCUAAAUAUGCUGAGGUGCGGAAAUUGUCUUUUUCUCAUGGCUGGAUGUUUGAAACGAUUGCUUUUGGUCUUGCUCUACACUGUUAAAUAAAAGUCUUAAAUAUUU